AUGACUGCUGUGCUGGUAAGAACGGACCAGAGACAAACAGUGAGGAGCGGCAUAGAGCCGUUUUGCGGGGCCGGACUGCGGGAAUGGCGUGCACUGGGGCCUCCAGCUUCAGUCUUGGCCUCCUGCUCUUGUGUUUCCUGCCAGUUCGUCCUACAGCAGGCUGCAGCCCCCAUUACUCCUGGGCCCCUAUCUCUGCACCACCGUCUCCUACCGCCAAGCUGGGCCAUCAGAGAGACGUCAUUGAGCUUCUUGACAACGCGGGUGCUUUUCUCACAGUGUGGUCUUCAUGCUCUCUCUCUUUCCUACAAUUUCAACAUCACAUCUCGGGCCAGGCCUGGACAACCAUGGUGUGAGAUUCAAGGCCUGGUCAAUGGAAACCAGUUUCUUUCUUACGACUGUCGGGGCAAGGAGGUCAAACCCGUUGGUCCUCUGGGGAUGAAGCUGAAGGACACAGCGUUUUGGGAGAGACAAAAGGAAACUCUGGAAGACCUGGUGGAAGAGCUCAGAAGGAAACUGCUGGACAUCAAAACAGGGAUUUUCACUAAGAGCCAUCCUCUCACCCUGCAGGGCAGGCUGGUGUAUGAGUGUGGACCAGACAGCCACCCCAGAGGAUCCUGGCAGUUUGCCUUCAAUGAGCAGAUAACCCACCGCUUUGACCUGGAGACCGGAAAUUGGACAAUGGUGCCUCCUGAGGACCUGCGGUUCCAGGGCACGUUGGACAGUGACGGAGAGCUGACUGGCUUCCUCAUGAGGAUCUCAAACGGAGACUGUAAGGGCUGGCUCCAGCAAGUACUGGAGCACUGGGAUGAAAUGCUGGAGACAACAGUGCCACCAACCAUGAAGCAAGACACGGCCCCGGCCAGGACCACAGCCAUCGGACCCGGCACCUGGAUCCCCACCCUGCUCCUCAGCUGCGCAGUCCUAAUUGGCAUCCAUGUUGGCCUCCUUUAGAGGGACAGGCUGCUGAGGCCACCAAGAAGCCCCUGAGGCGGGGACCAGCUCAGCGACGACGCUGCCUUUGGGCCUGCUGCCUUUGGAUGAGCUGCUGUUCAUUUGUAGACCAUCAGCGCUCUCGAGUUUACAAAUCCAGAGACCUCAGUCGACCACGUGGUGCAGGGCAGGGAACCUCCCAGGUCCCCUCUUGCAUUGGGUGGCGCUCCUGUUCAGCACUUUCCCUUGGCAUAUUCUAUGCCGCUUUCUCUCUUUGGUGCUAGGUGAUAGUAUUCUUGUGCUGAAAUGUUUAAAUGUUUGGCCAAGAAAUGUGAACAAAGAGAACAUUUCCCAUCUUGCCCUUGUUUGUGCAAUAUCAGCAUCUUCUCUGUAAGAUGACCAUGUUCUUGCAGACAGUAUCACCAAAAAGAUGUUGUUUGAAGCUAAAGAACCUCAGGGAGUUUUUUCUCUGUACUGAGAAACAACUUCAUUGACUUUUAAACGGAAUGACAUUAUAUUUGUGAUUGUUUUCUUCAGUGAAUUAUGUCCAUGUACAUAUAUUUAAAAAAAUAUUACCUCUACUAUAAAAAUGUAGUUAAUUUGGAAUUUUUUAAUUUCUUUUUUUAUUUUUUUCAAAGAUAUUACUUAUUUGAGAGAGAGAGAGUGUGAGAGAGAGAGCGAGCACAGGCAGGGGGAAGGGCAGAUGGCGAGGGAAAAGCAGACUCCCCACUGAGCAGGGAGCUGGUUGUGGGUCUCCAUCCCAGGACCCUGGGAUCGUGACCUGAGCUGAAGGCAGUUGCUUAAGCACUAUGCCACCCUAGCCGUCCCUGGAACUUUUUAUUUUUUAUUUUUUUAAUCUUGUAAGAAUUUUAUUUAUUUGAGAGAGAAAGAGGGAGGGAGAGAGAGAGUGAGCACUUGUGGGGGAGAAGGGGCAGAGGGAGAUGGACAAGCAGGCCCUCUGAGCAGGGAGCCUAGCAGGGCGCUUGAUCCCAGGACCCUGGGAUCAUGACCUGAGCUGAAGGCAGAUGUUAACCAUCUGAGCCACCCAGGCGCCCCUAAUUGAAUGUAAAUUUAAAAAAAAAUAGGAAAAAGAAAACAAAAUUAGUCAUUUCUCCUAACAGGCAAAGUGUUAGGACAAUUCACACAGUUUAGGUAUAUUUUUAAAAUGUAUUUUAAACUAUUUAAAAUUAUUCAUUAAACUUCUAUAUUAGAAUUCUUAACCCUUAAAAACCUAAAUUUCUGGUGAAAAUUGAGAAGCAAACGUUAGUGGACUGUCUCUUAACCUAGCAUUCCUAGUGGAGUAGCAGAUUUGUAAACACUUUUCACAAUUUUUAGAAAUGCACGCUUUCUCAUAAUAAGUUUUCCAGUUGGCACAGGACAUGCUUACCAACAGACCCAAAUAUCUUGAGUUCCUCUGUAAAAGGAAGCCAAAAGUACAUAAAUCUAUGUUUGGUAAAUCAAUAAAUAAAUAAGUUUAAGAUAGAACAGUUCAUUAAGCUUCUGUUCGAGCCCUACAAAUAUCUGGUAAUAUAUGAUUAAGAUCCGAGUUUGGGGCGCCUGGGUGGCUCAGUUGGUUAAGCGACUGCCUUCGGCUCAGGUCAUGAUCCUGGAGUCCCUGGAUCGAGUCCCGCAUCGGCCUCCCUGCUUGGCAGGGAGUCUGCUUCUCCCUCUGGCCCUCCCCCCUCUCAUGUGCUCUCUCUCAUUCUCUCUCUCUCAAAUAAAUAAAUAAAAAUAAAUAAAUAAAUAAAAAAGAUCCGAGUUUGGUUUUAGGAGAGACUAUGGACUCUGAGAAACGAACAGGAUUUUAGAGGGGAGGGGGGAGGGG